GUGACUUGGAGCAGGAAACCGCGCAUGUUUCGCAGGAGUUUGCAGCAGAGAAGUGGAAGAAAAUGCGUCCGGUUGCCAGGCUUCUCGUCCUCCGUGUUUUCUGGCUCUUUGCCGGCUUUGCCGCGGUGUUACCGCUCAGCACCGGCAUGCUGUUCCCCCGCGAGUCCGCCUCCAGAGAGGUGAAGCGGCUGGAUGGGCUGUGGGUGUUCAGGGCCGACCGGUCCCCGAACCGGAACCAGGGCUUCGACCAGGCUUGGUACAAAAGUCGCCUGGCAGAGACGGGUCCUGUGAUCGACAUGCCAGUUCCUGCCAGCUACAACGACAUCACGCAGGACCCCACAUUGAGAGAUUUCGUCGGCUGGGUGUGGUACGAGCGGGAGGUGGUGGUGCCGACCCGCUGGAUCACGGACAAGGGCACACGAGUGGUUCUCAGAGUGGGAAGUGCCCACUAUCAUUCAGUAGUGUGGCUGAAUGGAGUUAAAGUGACAGAACAUGAAGGUGGUCAUCUUCCUUUUGAGGCUGAGAUUGGCAGUUUCCUGAGGAAGGAGCCCGCCAUGCCGUGCAGGAUCACCAUCGCUGUCAACAACACUCUGACGCUGCAGACUCUUCCCCCAGGGACCAUUCAGUUCAUGAACGACCGCACAAGGUAUCCUGAAGGGUUUUUUGUGCAAAACAUCAACUUUGAUUUCUUCAACUAUGCGGGGAUACACCGUCCUGUACUGCUCUAUACCACUCCUAAAGCAUAUGUGGAUGACAUCACGGUGGUGACAGACUUCUUGGAUAACACUGGACUUGUUAAAUACAAAGUGUCAGUCCAAGGUACAGCUGCUGUGAAGGUCACUUUGAUGGACAAACAAGGCCACUGUGUGGCUUCCUCCAACGGGUCAUCAGGACAGCUCAAAGUGGUCGAUGUUAAGCUGUGGUGGCCGUUUCUGAUGCACGAGAAUCCAGGUUAUCUUUACUCUCUGGAGGUUCGAUUAUCGUCGGCCGAUGAGAAUGAGGAUGUUUAUACUCUGCCGGUUGGGAUCCGCACGAUCAGCGUCACCAGCACCCAGUUCCUCAUCAAUAAUAAACCCUUCUAUUUCCAUGGAGUCAAUAAGCACGAGGACUCUGAUAUCCGAGGUAAAGGUUUUGACUGGCCCCUAAUCGUCAAGGACUUUAAUCUACUGAAGUGGUUGGGGGCCAACUCGUUCCGCACCAGUCACUACCCCUACGCCGAGGAGAUCCUGCAGAUGUGCGACCGCCAUGGCAUCGUGGUGAUAGACGAGUGCCCUGGAGUCGGCAUCAAAGACAUUCGCAGUUUCGGAAACGCCUCUCUGGCCCAUCACUUGGUUGUCAUGGACGAGCUUGUGGGCAGGGACAAGAACCAUCCCUCUGUGGUCAUGUGGUCCGUCGCCAAUGAGCCUGCCGCAGAGAUGCCACCUGCUGAAGUUUAUUUCAAGACCCUGAUAGCUCAUACCAAAGCUCUGGACCCGACCCGUCCCGUCACUUACAUCACAGACAGUAACUAUGCAAGGGAUAAAGGAGCUCCCUAUGUGGAUGUGAUCUGUGUAAACAGCUACUUCUCCUGGUAUCAUGAUCCAGGCCAUUUGGAGGUCAUCCCGAUCCAGCUCAACACCCAGUUUGAGAACUGGUACGGAAAAUACAAGAAGCCCAUCAUCCAGAGCGAGUACGGGGCAGAUGCAGUGUCGGGGGUUCACAGUGAUCCGCCCAUGAUGUUUACUGAGGAGUACCAGAAGUUGGUCCUGCAGAGCUACCACAGCGUGUUUGACCAGAAGAGGAAGCAGUACGUCAUCGGUGAACUCAUCUGGAACUUCGCUGACUUCAUGACUGUACAAGGGAUCACCCGUGUGGUGGGGAACAAGAAGGGUGUUUUCACCCGCCAAAGGCAACCCAAAGAAGCCGCAUUUAUCUUGAAGGAGAGGUACUGGAGACUGGCUAAUGAAACGGGCAUGCUCCCUAUCUGGACCAAGUACCCCUGUCCCCUCUGACACUCUGACACCAGGGUCCAGGUACGCCUUCCAGGAUGAGGUCAAGCUCAGAAGAAAAUCAGAUGAAUAUUUCUUCUGAUACGCUUCAUGUCAAAUCAUCGUGAAUCAGAAAGAAGAACAUCUUCCUACAUCCAUAUACUGUGCCAGAAUUAGUUUUUAUUAGAGUUCUAAUUCAGAGUUGAAUAUAAUUAUAAAUACGGUUUUUCACAGACUGACUGCCUCAAUCUGGAGCCGAUCAGUGUCACUAUGGGAUAUUUUUUCAGACCUCUGAUGCAACUUACUUCUGUUGUUGAUUCUUCAUACAGGUUUUUGCCUUUAUUUUUAUUUUUUUUUUAUUUCAGAACAUUAAACAAACCUCAAACUGGUUAGGAUCAGCUUGGUUUAGUGAUGGCACUACUUUGUGUAGUUGUCUGAACUUCAACGUCUGAGUAAAGUAGAAAUAGAUGAUUAAAACAACCGACUGUAUAAGAUUACCGGUAGGUUUGACGAUCAAGAAAGAUCAUUGUUCUCUGCUCUUGUAUGGUGACUGACAGAUCUCCGACUAUCUCAAACGAACCACACUAACGGACCAGGCAGACUGCUCACACCUGUAGGUGUGCUCUCUGGAUUUAGCACCAACAUGUUGUAACUUGCACUAUCGAGACAUCACCGGCUGAAGAUGCUGUCAGGCUGGUGACCGUGAUGGCAGGGGAGUCGGCAUUAACUUGCUACAGCAGUCUCUCAGCCCUGUCACUCACCUGUAAUGGUAGAGGGGGACAUUUAUACAAGCUGCAUGUUUUAAGUAUAACAGAAUAAAAUAACAGAUUUGGAGAGAAGCAGAGCAGGAACCUUUUGAGUGUAACAGCAAAGAAUUGACAGAGACAAGUUUAAAAACAAAAACAUUACAGUAUAGGUAAAACAUUAGAGCUGAUGGAGAGUGUAUUUCUCUUCCGUCACUGUCUGCACAUAUAGACCCAGAAAACCCUGAGCUGGUCUCCAUCCCUUCCAACAUCUGGUGUCGUCAUGCAGCCAGUUCUUCAUCACAAUAAUCCUCACUCAACAAUUUAAGAGUGAAGCUUUGCAGAUCUGCACUAGUGCUGUCAGACACACAGCUGACAUGAACUUCUCCAAAGCUAAACGCAGUAGAUGUAACAACUACAGUCUUGGAGACGGGAUUGGCUUUUGUUCACAUAAAAACCUACACAGCUACGUCACAGAGUCCCAAUUACAUGAACAUAAAAACUCUAAAACACAACAGUUCUCAUGUUAAAGAAACUUUAACAUGAAUGUUUUCCUGAAAAUCUUUGAAUGUACUGUACUCGGACUACAAGAAUUAAAUCGCCGACACUAUAACUUUAUAAGGCGAUAUGCAACACUUUGUUAAAUAUAUUGGCAGUUUCUGAUGCCAAUAAAACUGAUUACUGCUGCGAGUUGCAUUGUACAGUAAAAUACAUGACUGUCAUGUACGCUGUCCUCAGAACAGACUGAAGUGAAGACUGGCGACCUGUCCAGGAUUAAACCGGUAUAGAAAAUGACUGGAUGGAUGAAAGUGUUUAGUUUUCAAAUCUUUCACAAGAGCACAUGGCAUGACAAAUGCACAGGAGUCAUUUCUCUUGCCAUGUACACCGUUUUCUUAAAUUAAUAAAGCGCUAUAUAAAUAAAAAAAAUAAAUGUAUUAUUAAUGUUUUUUUUGGGCCGCUGGGUGGCACAGUGGUUAACGCAAGCAGCCCAUGUACUGAGGCUGCAGUCCUUCUGUAACAGUCGCAGGUUGGAGUCCCGGCCUGCGGGCCUUUGCUGCAUGUCGUCCCCAUUCUCUCUCUCUACCCCCUUCCUGUCUAAACCUUGAAUAAAGGCCACUAGAGCCACAAAAUCUUUAAAAAAAAUGUAUGCUGUUUUUGAAUGUCUGUUAACUUGAAUAUGAUAAAAUCAGAAAUGCCUAUUGUACAGCCGCUCGGAUCAUGUUUUAGCUUUUUUUUUAUAUACUGAACAAUAAAAUGUUUUGUAUGUGUAAUGUUAGCCUCAGUAUCAGAACUGUAUCUCAUGACCAAAGUUUUGUAAUUUUUUUGUGAAAAUCAACAGAAAAUACAUUUUGAAAGACUUUAUAAAUGGUGCUUAUUGUAUUUUUUGCCCCGUGUUUUUGUCAAAGUUCAUUUGUAUUUUGAAGACUUUCCUCAAGUCUAAGUGAAUGUUUUCAACAGGCCACAAACAUCUGAAGAGUGUUAACAUGAGUUGGGAUUGAGACAUUGAGAUUGUUGAUGUUGUUGUGAGCGUAAUCAGACUUUUUGCUACAAGCGAUCCACCUGCACCCUGAUCACAUGACUAACCUUUUCUGAUAUAGAGUGAAAUGAUAGUGACCGUAACAUUUUGAAUAAAAUGUGA